AUGCUUAUAGCAUACAGCUGUCUUCCUGCCACAGUCUUAGCCUCUUGUGUAGAAAGCGUGUGGUCUAGCGGCAGCGUCGGAGGCUCCCAGACUCAGCUGUCGCGAGCUCUAUGGCUCUGGUGUGGAGCUUUAGGAGCCCGCGUAUGGUUGCCACUCUUACCAAGAGAUGCAACACGACAUCCCGAUUCUGGCCGACAUACCUUCAUGGCUAAAAGAAUAAUGUUGCCCUUCCAUCUGAAUAUUUAUCCCUUGACGAUACUGUUCGACGACGCUAUCCUACUGGGUGCCGAAAAUGACACGACGCUUUACGCGUCCGAUUCAAAUUCGGUUUUCUCCUUGCCGUUUUGUGUCGUCAACAGAACUAGUCAAGUGUACCUUCACCAAAUUCUCCGUCAGUUACUCAGACGAAAUCUGGGCUACCACGCGUGGGAGAUAGCACGCUCGUGCGCCCAGUUGGCAUACUUCCCUCAUUCAUUAGAACUACUACUGCACGAGGUGUUGGAAGAAGAGGCGACGAGCAAGGAACCUAUACCUGACGCGCAACUACCUUCUAUUAUCGAGUUUGUACACGAGUUUCCAGUGUAUUUGCAGACAGUAGUGCAAUGUGCAAGGAAAACAGAGAUAGCACUAUGGGCGUACCUCUUCUCUGCAGCUGGCAAACCAAAAGAACUCUUCCAAGAAUGCUUGCAACGUAAAAUGCUGGACACAGCUGCUUCAUACCUUAUAAUAUUACAGAACUUGGAAAGUUCAACGGUCAGCAGGCAGCUAGCGACACAACUACUCGACACGGCGUUACAACAAGAGCGGUGGGACCUCGCCAGGGAUUUAGUCCGGUUCCUUCGAGCUAUAGAUCCAAACGACGUCGAUUCACCACGCAACUCGGUAAAUGUUCAAGCGAAGUACGGACAAGUAGUGCAGUCGCAGACCGUUAGUCCUAAUGCUGAGGAUUUGAGUGUUAUACUUGGGAACAUGCAGAUGGCCGGCGGUCGCGGCCGCAGUUUCAGCACCACUGUGUCCCCCCGAGAGCCGUCGCCCUCCGCCCACUCUACAGCGCCCCCGCUACCCGCGCCUGCCCCUCACCCACCCCCCGCAAGGGCCACUGCAACCGUUAAACGAAAAAAGUCUGUACCCGCUAGGGCUGAUAGGGACUCGUACAGCGGCACCGCUGAAGAAUUCUUCAUCGACAUGAUGAUACAGCGCCAUGCUCGUCUUUUACUAUCCACGGCCAGGCUGUACGCGCUAGGCAAAAUGGCCGCCGCCUUAGACGUGCACCUCGUGGCGUGGCUAGCGGGGGAAAGAGAAAGAGCAGCUAGGAUAGAUUGCGCGGUACUCUGUGUGAAGAAACUGCACGAAGACUUCGCGUGGCCGUAUCCUGUUGUUAAUGAUGCCGAACACUAUCUUCAGAGAAAAGGCAGCACUGUAACCAGUUCAUAUACGCCGUCAGCAGAAUCAGAUAGCCUGUGCGGAGAUAGCGGUUAUAUGAGCUUACCGAUAAGAGCAGCUCUACCCUUGAUGACGGGUGCGCCGCCGUCGCCUGGACCUGUCAGUUCUGCGGGCGAGGGCAGCGUGGCGGAGGGCGGCGGCGUGGCGUGGGGCAGCGAGGCGGGCGAGGAGCGGCGCUACGCCGCGCUCAUGGAGCGGCUGCACCACCACCAGGCCGAGCGCGGCUCGCACACCGCGCACGUGCAACUCAGGUACUACUUACAACUAAUGACGGAAGCGAGCUGCGUAGAAUGGGCUGUGGUUAUAGCCGUUGUUCUACGCGACGCGCUCGCGGUGCUACGGACUACGAAUGCGGCGCGAGGUAAUGACGUCAGCCUCGAUGCGGUUCGUCGCUUGAGGCGAACGCUACAAGAUAUAUGUUCGUGGACUGAUGCUGAAUGCCUUGGUUAUAAACCCUUCAUGAUGGCGAUUAGUAAUCAAAUCCCCUUCCUAACAUCUAUUAUCAACUCCCGGGAGCGACGCCUUUCCAUGUCGAAAACUCGGGUGAGAACAUCCAGCACAAGCUCGAUAGGCCAGGAGACGAAGCCAAAACCACAAAAUCAGGAAGCUAAGUUACACCUUCACCCACCACCACAGAAAGCAGAAGUAUCUAAGCAAGGAAGAAAGGAUUCAAGUAGUGUAGCAGAACCUUUAUCUAACAUUGUGAUUCCCCCACCAAGACCGUCGCCCCCACCACGAAAUGACGUUUCAACAGGUUGUGCCAUAAUGUAA